GCAGUCUUACCUAAACCUGGCUAAAAAUGUACAAAAUCGUAGUGAAUAUAAAAAAAGUAGACCCAUAUAACCUUAAUAUAUGGAUUGAUAUAAAUUAAACAUUUAUAAUAAUGAAUAUAUGUAAAUUGUACCGAUCUGAUAAUUUCAUCAAACUACGGUAUAUAUAUAAAUAUAUAUUACCACCCAUAUCAAGUAUACAAAUAAAUGUUUCUAAAUUUCAACCAAGUAUCACCGUGCUGAAAUUCGAAAAGAAUAGGAAAGACAAAUGGAAUUAUUUCAAAAUACCUUGGAGUUUAUUCAGUGUAGGUGCGGGAAUUGUAAUUUGUGAUGCCAUGCAUUCGGAUAGGGAAGAACAUCGUUUGUUUAAGGCUUGUCUUUUUGGACUAACUCAUGAAGUAGAAACGUUACUUAAAAAAGGGAUAGAUGUUAAUAAAAGGCACAAUUUAGGUUGGACUCCACUUUUAGUAGCCACUGUAAAUGGUCGAUAUGAAGUUACUGAGUAUUUAUUGAAAAUGAAUGCAGAUCCCAACCUGAGUGAUAAUUAUGUUAAUCCUAAUAGAACAGCAAAUGAAAAAGGAAUGCAUCCUAUCGAAGUUUUAAUGAUUAGAGAUGAAGAGUUCUCGAAUAGUUUGAAUAAUAAAGCAACAUUUUUGGGUUUCACACCAUUACAUUAUGCUGUUUUAACCGACAAUCUAGAAAUAGUACAACUUCUAGUAAAGUAUGGGGCCAAUCCAACUUUACAAAAUGAUAUGGGACAUACACCAUUAAUGUAUGCAAAAGAACCCAAAAUAAAACAAUAUUUAGAACAGGAAAUUAGUAUGUAUGAAGAGAAAAUGAACGAAAAGGAAUUAGAAGAACGUAGAAGAUAUCCUCUGGAAGAGAGGUUGAAAAAACACAUUGUCGGUCAAGAAGGAGCAAUAGCAAUUGUUGCUGCAACUAUUCGUAGAAAAGAAAACGGAUGGGCAGAUGAUGAUCAUCCACUAGUAUUUCUAUUUUUGGGUUCAUCAGGAAUUGGUAAAACUGAAUUGGCUAAACAGCUGGCUUCUUAUAUGCACAAAGGAAAAUCACAGGCAUUCAUUAGGCUUGAUAUGUCAGAAUAUCAAGAAAAACAUGAAGUUGCAAAACUUAUUGGAGCUCCACCAGGCUACAUAGGUCAUGAUGAAGGUGGACAAUUGACAAAGAAAUUGAAAAAGUGCCCUAAUGCGGUAGUUUUAUUUGAUGAGGUUGAUAAGGCACAUGCUGAUGUAUUGACUGUACUUCUUCAACUCUUUGAUGAAGGACGAUUGACUGAUGGUCAAGGGAAAACUAUAGAAUGUAAAGAUGCCAUUUUUAUUAUGACUUCAAACUUGGCAAGUGACGAAAUUGCAAAUCAUGGAUUACAGCUAAGAAAAGAAAUAGAGAAAUUGAAGAGUGAAAGACUGGCAGUACCAGACUCCAAAGAUGCGGAACAAAAAAUUAGUGAUACUAUAACGGUUUCAAGAAAGUUCAAAGAUGAGGUAGUGAAACCUAUUUUGAAAAGACAUUUCAAGAGAGACGAGUUUUUGGGUAGGAUCAACGAAAUUGUAUAUUUUUUACCUUUCUCAAGAAAUGAACUCAUACAAUUGGUAACAAGAGAAAUGCAAAUGUGGGCACAGAAGGCAAAAGAAAAACACAAAAUUGAUAUUAUAUGGGAUAGAAGCGUCGAAUCAGCUUUAGCUGACGGUUAUGAUGUCAACUAUGGUGCUAGAUCGAUAAAAUAUGAAGUAGAACGUCGUGUCGUUAAUCAAUUAGCGGCUGCUCAUGAAAAAGGUUUCAUAGGCAAAGGAUGUUCUGUUCAAGUAUGCGCAUUGUGGCCAGAUAAUGCCGAUGCCGCAGAAAUCAAGCUUAAAGUGAAAAAUGGUGGGUUGAAAGAUUUUGUUGAUUUGGAUCAAUGGAAGUUGUCGUUAAAAAAUUUAUCAUCGAUAUUUAAGUAAUAAUUUAAUAUGAGAGAUUAUAUGAAUGAUGGAGAUUGGAAACUUGUGGAUAUUAAAGAUUCAUUUGUUCUGUACUAUGUUGAUUCAAAGCAUAAAAAGUGUUUUUAUUAAAACAUCAACUGUAGUACACAUUCCCAACAUUUUCACUAGUCAUUAUUCCAAGUUUUUCAAUCAUCAACAACCGGUUCUGUUUGUUCAAUUAUAUUUGAAAUAUUUUAUUUUUGUUAAUUGCUGAAAUCUGUGAUUAUAUGUUCAUUUGUUAAUAUCUAAUUCAAAAUAUACAGAACUACUAAACCCCAAAUUAGUAUUAUCUUCAAGAAUAAUCUUGGGCUUGUAUUUAUAUAAUCCAAAAUACUCUUUGUAAAUGAUUUAAUUUAAACAAAUUUGGUAGGAAAAACAAACUACAUUUGAGUUAUCGAGAAAAAUAAUAAUUGUUUAAAGAAAUUCCAGCUUUUAAUAAUGGAAUGUUGGAACCUCACUUGAUGUAAGAUGUUGGUUGACAUUUUAAAUGAAAUCCUCACUUUACCAGUUGUUAUAUUAUGGUCGUGUGUAUCAUUUUUUUCAAGAGAAUUAUAUCAUUAAAAUUUGCCUUCAUUUUAUGCACUUUCAAUACUUGAUUUUACAUAUAUAGAAAAACAAAGAACCAAAUAAGUACAGUAAGACUCCGCUUAACGCUGUUUCGACUUAGUGCUUUAUUAUUUCAACUCGGGGACUCCCUGAAUUUGUGAGCAGCUGUAAUUUGGGAGUCUAUUAAAAAAAUCAUGGAUAACUGUGAAAAUUUUCCACGAUUGGUUAGGUCACUGAACAUUUCUGCCCGUCUGUUAAACAUUAUUGCGAAAUUGAAAAACUUGAACAUACACAACAACACAGUCCCUGCUGAUUAGCCUACAAAACUUCCCGCAAUUUAAGUAAAGUAAUGUAUUUUGUGAAAAGAAAGUCUUUAUUAAUUAUUUUAUGAAGAAAUCCAUUAACCAUUGUCAAUAUCAAAUAAAAAUAAUUCAUUUGGGCGGGUUGAGGACUCAAAAUAAAACUUCCAGAGUUUUUCAAAAUACCAACGUUUUGAUCUUUAUCAUAUGUAACAAUGUGAUAGCUAUAUCUUGACAGGAUAUUUAUCUUUUCGUGUCGAAGGUGUACAGUGGAAUCUCUAUAACUAAAUAAAUUCGGGUUAACCAGUUUUGACUUACAAAGGCGCUAUUUCUAAGUAUAUUCUUCGAUUUGUGGAGUCAAGUUUAAAUAAUAAUUCAAAUUAAUUUUUAUAAUAUGCAUAUAUAUAUUUUACAUACUAAAACAAAUUACAUAUUAGUGAAGUAAAGUGUACACAAAAAAAAUCCGUUAUUUUCUUUUGAUUUAAACAAUUAUACAAACAGAUUUAUUAUCAAUUAUUUUUUCAAGCUCGAACAAUAAACUGAAUACUUAUUUUUAUUUGUAUAUAUUUCUUGAAUAAAUAAUUCAAGUAGCAACCCUCGUACUCAAUAUUUUAGGUUAAAGGGUCUCUCAACAAAUUUUGAUACAGGGUCCAUUUAGGGCCAGCUACGCCAAUGUUGAAGAAUAAUUCAGUAUUUGGUAAUUUCAGAAAAUAGGAAUAAAUGAUACAAUCAACUUAUUUUGUUUAUUAUUUUUUAUUUAGAUAAAUAGGUACAUGGUACGAAUUUAAAAUAAAGUCAUUAUCUUUUUGAAAUAUGGAUAUAGUAAUAUAAAGAUAACAUUUUUUGUUAAUUAAAGCUAUAUACUUUUUUGCAAUCAAAGUAUGUUUUACAUAAAAAUACUUCUUUCUAAUACAACAACAGAACUUUCCUAUUAUUUUUUCUUUUGAACUCACGUUGGUUUGUACAUUUUUUUACACAGAACUGCAUUACAGAAUUAUAAACAAUAUAAGAAAAUACAUUCAUUCUAAAAUAUGUUGAUUUACAUGAGCAAAUAGUAUAUUUAAUCGGUUUUAUUGUCUUAUUCCAACACUAAAAGUCGUUUUGUAAAUUUGAAUUAUGUUCACCCACGACUUAAUGACAUCCAAAAAUAAUUCUUUAGAAACUAUUAUACCUACGGUUAACUAAAACAAUCACCUCAAUAAUCCAUUUUCCUCUCACAUUUUAGCAAGCUUAAAAAAGGAUAAAAUUAUUGUUAGGAAUUAUGAUUCGAUAAUUUCGAAAUUAAUUCCAAAUUUCCAUAUAUAAAUUACAAUAUUUAAACAAGUUCAAAUUGGUUAUAACAUUUUGAAAUAUAAGUUAAUCAUAAUUAUCUCAAGCCAAUUCUUUUAUUGAAUAUAAUUCUGUAAGUUUUCAUGAUCACCCAGAUAAUAAUUUUCGGUGUAUACAUAUAAAAAUAUCUUGUGUACUUUUAUGUGAAUAAAGACUAAAACUAGGACAGAA